AUGGUUUAUUGCUACAGUGACAAUGGUUCCUGCCGGACUUACCUUUCUGGUUUAGUCAUUUCCUGUUGUGUUCCGGUUUGUCUUGGAUGCUUCCGAUUUAGGUUUUGA